GUAGGUUUACACCAGGUUUUCAUUAAGUUUUUGUUUGUUUGUUUGUUUUUUAAUGCACAAGAAAGGGAUCUGAAGUCUAUCCUCUGAUACAUUGGCAGUUUUCCUUAAACUGUACAGUUCCUCCCUGUUGAUCUUUCAUUUGUAUAUUGGGAGUUCCCAAGCAACUGGAAUUUGCAAACACAGCUAUGGCUACACUUCUCUUUGCCAUACAGUAGUUACCUGGAAAUCUAGGUCCAGUUUUUGUUAUUCUUCCCUUCCCUCUUUUCUUAAUCAUAUACCAACUGACAUUUAUGGUUAUAGGUUGACUUAGAAGUUCUUUUUAAGCCUGUGGCUGAUAUUUUGUAGUCUAAUUUGAAGCUUAGGAAAGAAUGAGUGGUCAGGAGCUGGUCACUUUGAACGUGGGAGGGAAGAUAUUUACAACAAAGUUUUUCACCAUAAAGCAGUUUCCUGCCUCUCGGCUGGCACAAAUGUUAGAUGGCAGAGACCAAGAAUUCAAGAUGGUUGGUGGCCAGAUUUUUGUGGACAGAGAUGGUGUCUUAUUUAGUUUCAUCUUAGAUUUUUUAAGAACUCACCAGCUUUUAUUACCCACUGAUUUUUCAGACUACCAUAGGCUUCAGAGAGAGGCUCUUUUCUAUGAACUUGAUUCUCUGGUUGACCUCUUAAACCAACACCUGCUACAGCUGAGACCUGCUCUUUUGGAGGUGCAUUUCCUGAGUCGAAACACUCAAACUUUUUUCAGGGUGUUUGGCUCUUGCAGCGAAACGAUUGAGAUGCUCACGGGGAGGAUUACAGUGUUUAUAGAACAACCAUCAGCACCGACCUGGAGAAGUAAUUCUUUCCCUCCUCAGAUGACCUUACUUCCACUGCCUCCACAAAGACCUUCCUACCAUGACCUGGUUUUCCAGUGUGGCUCUGACAGCAGUACUGACAACCAAACGGGAGUCAGGUAUGUUUCUAUAAAACCUGAUAACCGAAAAUUGGCCAAUGGAACAAAUGUCCUCGGCUUACUGAUUGACACUUUAUUAAAAGAAGGCUUCCAUCUGGUCAGCACUAGAACAGUAUCCUCUGAAGACAAAGCUGAAUGCUACAGCUUUGAAAGGAUAAAAAUCCCUGAAGCCCUCACCAUGAACAAAACACCGAAACCAGAGACUACCAUUGUGCCAGAGCAGUCUCAGAAAAAGAGAUGAAGUUAUCUGUUCUCUAGUAGGAUAAAAGGAACUUGCCAUUUUCUUGUUUGGAAAUUCCGUAUUCGAGGCGUUAUGUUACUCAGACCUGUAUGCAGUCUCUUUUGGUCUCAUCUUCGUGCCAUCUCUGGGCAGCCAGGCUCUAAAAGUGCUUAAGUGUCAAUGAACUGCUUGCUGCUCUGUAAACAAUACUAUGUACUUGGUGCUUUGGCACAUGCUCCUCCUACUUUCAAUGCCUCUUUUACUUUUCUUAUGAGCAUUUACACAGUUCUCAAGACUCUGGAAUUAGACUGGUUAUUUUCAGUGCCAGCUCAAUUAUUUAUUAGCUCUGUGACAUGGGCAAGACACUUAACCUCUCUGUGCUUCAACUUCAUCUGUCAGAUGGAGAGCAUAAAGAUAAUCUCCCCUGUAGGAUAUAUAAGGGUUAAAGGAGAUAAAGUGCUCAUCACCUUACCUGUGACAUGGCAGUCAGUCAGUAACUGUUAGUGGUAAUGGAAAAGAUGGAGGCCCAUUUUCAAUUUUACCUCUUCUCUGAGGCCUUGUUUCUUUUUCUAGGUAUAUUGAUCAGCUAUUUUUUCUGUAUAGAUUUAUUUUCUCACUUCCCUAAGCUUCUUGAUCCAUUCAACACUUUUUAGCACUACCAUGUAUAAAGUACUGUGUUGAACACUUGGUGAAAAUAAUACAUUUGCUACUAAUUAGUAUCUAAAUUUGGUGAAAAGUUUGGGAAUAACCCCUACCAAUAUUUAAAACACAUGUAAUUUGAUUUCAUAGUUCUUAUAAGUAUCAUAAAAAUUAUAUAUGUGUCAUUGUAAACAUUAGGAUAAACAACUAAGGAAUUACUAGCUCAAAGAAAACCAUGUAUUUUGUACAUACUAGGAUUAAAAGUGAUUGGUUAAAAAGUAUAGUUACUUCAUUCUAAAACAUCUUUUAAAUAUCUGUUGGACACUGAAUUUCCAGAAUUAGAAGAGAAGUGGAAAAAAAAUUCCAGGUCUGUCCGUAUAGCCUACUUUUUAAGGGAGCUGUAUGUCACAUGGCUGACCAGUUUGAAUCCUGGCCCCAGUGUCUUGAAAAACAUGCCAGGUGUGUGAGCAUAUGCCCAAAAUCCUGAUGGAAAGGAGAAACAAAGACAGGUGUGU